UGGCAAGCGCAGGUGACCGCAGACGCUCAGAAGUUGUGACAUCUCGACGUUCAAAACGAAAACAAAUUUGCCGGUGGAGGGGUGCCAGGAGCGUUUAUGUGCACUUUUACUCAACGAUAACAUGAAGAAAGUCAAAAGUUUUCCGUUUUAGAUGACCUUUUGAUCUGACAGCGUCCGCUACGUUUGAGCUUGUCAGCGCGCGCGACAGCUGGACGCGGACUUUUGGUGAAGCGGAGUGUUCUGCGUGACCUUCACAGCGGUUUCCUCCACCUCUCGGGCUGGACUGCGGUGCAUUGACAUCGGCUCGCCCUCCCCUGCCCCCUCGGCCCCCAGCAAUGGCUUCUCGCAUUGGCUUGCGGAUGCAGCUGAUGCGAGACCAGCUGCAGCAAGAGGAGCAGCGUGAGCGGCAGCAGCAGCAGCAGCAGAAUGGAGCAGUGCAGUACAUUCAGCAACGUAUGGCUGGGCCACCUGCACCUACCCCAGCCAUUAGCACACCACAGCAUUACCAAAGCAUGCAGGUCCCUAUGGAAGUACUUAAGGUGGAGACCCAUCUUGAGAAUCCUACAGACUACCACAUCCGCCAGUCUCGGAGGCAACAGGUGAAAGAAUAUCUGUCCACCACCUAUGCUACCAAACAGACGGUACAUGCAGUAGCAGGUCUGAUGCCACCUUCCCCUCCUAAAACUAUGGGACCCCCAGCGAGCUCAGCAUCAGCACCCCUUCCCCGACACUCCCCACACAUGUGCACAGAGCAGCUCCUGUCUGGAAACAGUGCCCCUAACAGCCCUAUGGCUAUGCUGAACAUUGGCUCUACCCACGAGAAAGAGAUAAAUGAAGUGAUUGAUGACAUUAUCAGCAUGCAGUCCAAUUAUGAUGAUUUUCAGGCUUACGCUGAAUCCGUCCAGAUGCCAAACACACUCCCUCUGUCCAGCAGUCAUCUGGAUGUUUAUACGGGUCCUGGGAUGAAGGGGCCAGCCGGUGCCAUGACCAGUAACUCUUGUCCUGCAAAUUUGACUAUCAAAAGAGAACUGUCAGAAACAGAAGCCCGUGCACUGGCCAAGGAGAGACAAAAGAAAGACAACCACAAUCUGAUUGAAAGACGGAGGAGAUUCAACAUUAAUGAUCGCAUUAAAGAGCUAGGCGCCAUGAUCCCAAAAACAAACGAUCUUGAUGUGCGCUGGAACAAGGGCACUAUACUGAGAGCAUCUGUAGAAUACAUCAAACGUAUGCAGAAGGAUGUGCAGCGGACCAGAGAGGUAGAAAACAACUUCAAAAGGAUGGAGAUGGAGAACAAACAGCUGUUGCUACGCAUUCAGAAGUUGGAGAUGCAGGCUCUUCUGCACGGCUUGCCCAACACGUCUCCCUCUGGCCCCAACCUGGCUGACUUGAUGUCUUCUCAUAUAAAACAAGAGACCAGCCCAGAAGAGACAUUUCUCCACACCCAUGCACAGGUCCACCACCAAAACCAGCACCUACAUCAGAACCAGGCUCAACCACAGGCCCAGCAGCACUACUUUCUUCCUCAGCACCACCUCCACCACCAGAGCCAGGCUCCACCUCAGCCCAGGCAGCUGCUUCCACCGCCCCAGCAUCUCCAGCCCCAGCUGCCUGUUCAGUUCCCGGCUGUGGGCAGCUCCCAGCCCUUUGACUUUGCGCCGUCGCUGGACUUGUGUGAUGGGAUACCACACUUCUCAGAUGGCAUGUCGGGGCUGGGUGAUCUGGGUGGACUGGAUUUGCAAGGGAGGAGAAGUGACUUAGGCUUCCUGAUGAUGGACGAGCCAUUGUCUCCUAUGGGCGGAGACCCGCUGCUCUCUGCGAUGUCUCCUGAAGCCUCAGUUGACUCCAGUCGCAGAUCAAGCUUCAGCAUAGAAGAUGGUGACAUACUGUAGAGAACACACACACACACACACACACACACACACACACACACACACACACACACACACACACACACACACACACACACACACACACACACACACACACACACACACACACAGAAGUGCCAGAUAGAUUGCUUUAAAAUGUGAACAGUUUAGAAAAUAUUGGUACUUCAGCAAAACGACUUCAGCACAUGAGACAAGGAGGAAUAGUACUAGUUUCCCAUUGCAGGUUUUUGACGAUUGGCUACAUCUCAAUUACGGCCUAAAAUGGGGUGUAAAAGGCAUUAAUAGGUAGUAAAAGUAGCACUGUAGGUCCUUUUGAGCUAUUAUGAAAGUUCUGAACAUGUUCUAAAAUUUUGUGGUGUGGGUACACAUCAUGAUCCCAAACAGUGAAUAAAUAGUCUGAUGUAAUUUGCGCAGAUAUGGGGCAAUAUUUUGCAAAAGUCAGGGCAUGUGAGCAAUAAGAGCGUGGCCCAAGUGCAGUGUGGAGCCAAGAGAAUGGACUGUGGCCAGAGCGUGUGUGGAGUGUCAUAUUAUAAGAAGCUAGACCAUCAUCUGUCGCUCCGCCUUGCAUAGCCUUUGCCAGACAACACAUACCAUGUGUCUUACUGCAUUUUUAUGGAUGGCUUUGUUAUUAUUUCAUCAGUGCAUCUUGAAAUUAAUAGUUUCUGCUUGAAUCUGGAUUUGGCAGCUAAAAUACAAUGCAGAUUGUGUUAUAAUUGGCCGAUUUCAUUACACUGGGGUGAAACUGACCGGACCAAGCAGCAAGUGCAACAGUGUAUGUGGUGUGUGAGUAGUGGUGCAUUCAAAGAGUCACUGUUCACUGACCCCUUUAAAUCUCCUCUGGAAUUACAAUAGACAUCUAUAAUCUCAUGAAAAGCAUGCUGCACUCUUCAGCAGAAAAUAGUUUUCAGAUGGUCACAGAUGCAUUUACCUUUGUGGAAAAGUCUUGUUAUAACCGUGGGCGUUAGUGCGUAGACUGCACAGUGUAAAGCUGUGAGCGUGCUCGGAAGCUGUCCUCUCAUGGGGCUGCAUUCAAAAUCGUUUGUAGUCUGCACUAACCUACUGUUUAAUAAAUAUGACACAGAACGUUUGCCUGCUAUUGUAAUAAAUCCAUCCCGAUUUCCUAAUUUUUGGAAUCAGGAAGGCCAAAAAUCUGCAGUGGGAGACCAACUUGAGACAACAGAAAUUCCACCAACACAUAGUAACAUGUGAUACAUACGACCCACAUCACACAGUUUGCGCAUGCAUUGAUAAAAUUCAUUAAUGGCAUAGUUAUCUCCCUUUAACUGUGAACAUGCACAGUGAGAAACACUUUGUACAAAUGUUAGUGAGGUAAACUGUAAACUGAGCAGCUUGAAAGUUUUCCCAUCACAUUGAGGAUUUACAGCGCUCACAGGUCCAGAGGUAUAUAAUACGUAUGGCCUUGGUGGUUCCAUAAAGGUGGCUCAGAAUCAUAAUUGAAGAGGGGCCAAAACCAGCAGUUAAUUAGAUGGAAGGACACAAGGACAACUGAGUGCAUCAUCUCACGCAGUAGAGGACAAGUUAUUUUCCGCUUACAUCAACCUCACCUUAAGUGAUUGAAUGAAUGUUAGUGAAUUAAAA